CGUGUUGUACCUUAUAAUAUUGUAUUGUUGUUGUUGUUUUUUUUUUUUACCACUAUUAUUAGGUUCUGUGCAGUUUGUCGAUUUUCCGCAUUUUUCCGGCGGUGACAGUAAUUUAUUAUUAUCAUGUUCGCGAUCAAGUGCGCUACCGUGUUGGCCGUCUUGUGGCCGAUCCUGGCGGCGGAAUGCUCGUCGCUGCUGACGGCCAGGCACAAGCGGCAGCUGUUGCAGAACAAGUACGCGGGACUGGGCGACAACGUGGAGAUCCUGCCGGUCGGCGACACAUCCGGGGUGAGUAGUUCCUAUAGCGUUGUCGAGACGUCCAAGUCACCCAGAAAGGAGUACAACACGUACGGCCUGUACACGUCCAAGCGCGCACAGCCCGACUCGCAGCCGGACAACUCGGAGUACAGGACCCACAAGGACAGACCGGUAAGGCCGGCCAAGGCGGGCCGGGACGAACCGCAGUCGGCGUUUAGGUUCCCCGAGGACGGCAGGCCGUCGUCCAGACAGCAGCAGCAGUCCAAGGAAGCGUUCAAGUACGACGACCAGCUGGACACGGUGCUGAAAUCGGCUCCCGAGCAGCAAAAGAGGCCGGCGGCGCUGGUGCCCACUAACCGGAAGAGGUACAAGCCCAAGAAAAGCGCGUCCCGGGAGAGGGGCGACGAGGAGACUUUCGAAGAGACCAAACGGGCGCCGAAAAACAUCAAAGACAUCGUCGAGGAACGGCCGGCCGAGAGCAAGAUCUCGCGCGACCUGAACGACGAGGGCAGCCGGUACAUCGGGCACGGCGCCAGCGGUUACGGUGGCGGCGAGGACUUCGAAAAGGACAAGCACUACGAAAAGGAAGCGGGCCAGAAGUUCCUGGAGGGCCACAAGUCGGAGGAGGGCGAGAAGGCGGAGAAGGCAUUCAAAAACGAGGAGGCGUACGAGAAGGGCGAGAAGGAGGACUUCGGCAGCGACGAAAAGCGCUCGGAGGUGGCGGAGAAGGCGGGCGAGAAGAAGGGCCACGUGGACCAAGCCAAGCACUACGGCGAGGCGUUCCAGGGCAACCAGGGUGAGAAGGGCAUCUCGGUGGUCAAGAAGGGCGGCCACAAGAAGGGCAAGAAGACGUCCGGUUUCCACAAGGUGCACCACAAGGACGAGUACAAGAAGGACGAGGUGUUCUACGACGAGGCGCACGACGGCGACGAGCACGAGGAACACCAGCACGAACACGAGAAGCACGCCAAGGAGAAGGGCGGCAGCGAGAAGAAGGGCCACUCCGACACGGGCUACCACGAGAGCCACGGGUCCAAGAAGGCCGAGAGCGACCACGGUAAGAAGUACGAACAGGCCAAGGGCCACAAGUCCGAGGCCGGCGAACAAGCUCACCACGGCCAGCAUUCCGAGUUCGCCAAGAAGGGAGGCGUCAAGGAGGGCGAAAAGUACGGCCAUACCGACGCGGGCGGUGGCAGCCACUUCGAGAAGGGCGGAUUCUUUUAGGCCUGACCGCCGCGAGGUGCACGCGGUUUCCCCUUUGCUUGUAGGAAAACAUUCCUUUAAUUUACCUCUGACAUGUAACCUCAUCUUACCGUUGGGCAAUUGUUAUUUUCUACAUUGUUUAUUAAGUUUUUUUUUCUUAUUGUAUGUUUCCUACCAUGUAGUCUUAACGAAUAAGUGUUGUGUAAAGUAAUAAUAAUUAUUAUUAAUAUAUAAUAUUAUUUUAUGUAUUGUGUGUGUACCGUGUUUUUACUACAAUCGUCAGCGAUCGCAAUUAUUCGGUUUGGGUAUUUCAUUUAAUUAUUGAAUAUUAUAUGUAUUUUUUAAGUGCCAAUUAGUCAGUUAAAGGUCAAUUGCCAAAUGGAUAGGCAGAACAUUGACUUGAAAACUUAUCCGACU